ACAAUGGAGGAACAUCGGAAGCCCGCUGGAUACAGCUGUAAGUCCUGUACGAGGCCAGAUACUGACGACGAGAAGUGGGUUGCUUGCGACCACUGUAAGCUCUGGGAGCACUUCGAAUGUGCGGGAGUGAGCGAAUCCGUGAAGAACCUCCGUUAUUUGUGCAAGGAGUGCGAACUAACAGUUGCAGUCCCCACCGCAUCAACAUCUCGCAGUCUGAGGCCACCACCAUCGGAAGGUAGAUCACUACGGUCGGCAACGGCCAAAUCUGGUCUGAAGCCAGUCAAUAAAGUGACCACCUUAGCGUCGAAGUUUUCUCGGAGCGCACAUAGCACGACUUCGAGUGCUCGAGCUGCCCGUCUGGAAGCCCAAAUGAAAUUGGUCGAAGAGGAGCAAGUGUUGAAGGAGCAGGAGCUGGAAGCCCAGGAAGCGAUGAGAAGGAAAGAAAUGGAGGAAGAAGAACGCCGACUAGAAGAAAGAAAAGCGUUGUUGGAAGAAGAAGCUCGACUGCGGCAGCGAAAGCUGCAAGAAGAAAGGGAGUACCAAAAGAGGCAGCAGGUGAUCAGGAUGGAAUCUUUGGAGAAAAGGAACACUAUCGCGCGGCAGUUAAGUGUAUGUAGUAGCAAGAGUGAGUCCAUUCCGGACUCGGAGCAACAGAUAGCCCGGUGGUUACAACAAUGUUCUCCCGAACCCUUCGAGGAUCGAUUCAGCUCGUUGCAGAUUGACGCCGCAGAUGAAGCACAGCAGUUCGCACAAGAUCAACCACCAUUAACUUCAAACCAACGUCUAUCAUAUCAACGACCUAGAGCCAACCAGGAUUACCAGGAAACAUUGCCGUCCGAACGUGACAGCAUCGAAAACCUUGCAAAUCAGCAAGAUAACCAUGUUUUUCGAUCUCGCUUCAACGGUCCAACCCAGCCACCACUACAAGAUGGUCGGGCAUCCGUAUCUCGAGCAGAACACGGACGGUUUCGAGACUCAAACGCGCCCUAUCAACAAAAUCCAGAAUCGCGGCAUGCGUAUCAGCCGGAGGAGGCAGCAUUUCACGUGGUACUUUCUCCCAGUCAAUUAGCAGCCAGGCAGGUGAUGGGGAAAGAACUGCCGAACUUCACUGGCAAUCCCGAAGAUUGGCCAAUCUUCAUUUGUAGUUUUGAGCAAUCGACAGCAGCAUGUGGGUACAGCGAUGCCGAAAACCUCAUGCGACUACAGCGAUGCCUGAAAGGGCAGGCGUAUGAAUCGGUGCGGAGCAGAUUACUCCUCCCCUCGAGUGUCCCGCAAGUCAUUAACACACUUCGUACACUCUACGGCAGACCAGAGCUACUCAUACGAACGCUUAUAGAGAAGGUACGCAGUGCGGCAGCGCCUAGGCACGACCGUCUGGAAUCGGUAGUAGAAUUCGGGCUAGUGGUUCAAAAUCUCGUGGACCACCUGAAGGCAGCAAAGCAGUACACCCACUUAUCCAACCCGGUAUUGAUGCAGGAACUAGUGGAGAAGCUCCCCGGUUCGCUGAAACUGGAUUGGGCAGUAUACCGGAGCAAACAACCGUAUGCGACUUUAGCAACGUUCGGGGACUUCAUGACAGGACUAUUGGAUGCGGCAAGUCAGGUAACCUACGAACUGCCGAACACAAGCCACUCCAGAGGUGACCAACGACGCACCAAAGAAAAAGGACACUUAAACGCUCAUUCGUCAACACCAGCUUCAUCCUUCGAGACAUCGAGCGCAUCACCGAGGCUGAGAAGGGCAGGUAAGACAUGCGCAGCAUGUGAACGAGAGGGACAUCGUGUGGCAGAAUGUCGUCAAUUCAAGUCAUUAGGCCACGACGAACGGUGGAAAGUCGUUCAUGGAAAAGGGUUGUGCAGCACGUGUUUGAAUGGCCACGGGAAGUGGCCGUGUAGGACUUGGCAAGGGUGUGAGAUUGCAGGCUGCCGCGAAAAACACCAUACACUACUUCAUCCUUCUCCCCUCCACCCUUCCCUGAAUGUUUCCGUCAGUAAUAUCACACAAAAUAGUGGAUCUUCUCCCAUGUUUCGAGUUCUCCCAGUAGUAUUGUAUGCGGGAAAGCGGAAAGAAGUCGUGUUUGCGUUUAUCGACGAAGGAUCAUCGACCACUCUUUUGGAAAAAACAGUCGCUGAUCGGCUGGGUGUAUCUGGACCAGUCGAACCAUUAACCUUGCAGUGGACGGGUAAGGUUACGCGGGAAGAACGGACGUCUCAACGUCUACAAUUGGAAAUUUCUGGUGAGGAUAGUUCUAGCCUCUAUAAGUUAUGCGAAGUGCGAACGGUUGGCUGUUUGGUUUUACCUACUCAGUCGAUGAAAUACAACGAACUCUGCGAUCGAUAUCCUCAUUUGCGUGGACUUCCGCUGAAAGAUUACGAGCUAAUCCAACCGAAGCUGUUGAUUGGAUUGGACAACCUUCACCUUGCUGUUCCCCUAAAGCUGCGAGAGGGUGGUACUAAAGAUCCCAUAGCUGCAAAGUGUCGACUUGGUUGGAGUGUGUACGGAUACGUGACGGGUCCAUCAACACCACACACUGUGGUUCACUUCCAUGUUGCCGCACCUGUCGAUAACGAUCGGCAGCUGAACGACCAACUUCGUGACUACUUUGCUCUGGAGGACGCUGGAGUCGCCGAACGGAAGGAAGUACUGGAGUCAGAUGAAGAAAGACGGGCAAGGACAAUAUUGCAACUAACGACAAGGCGUACCCACCGUGGAUUCGAGACUGGCCUCCUCUGGCGAGAUGAUGACCCGAUAUUCCCGGAUAGUUACCCAAUGGCAGUUCGUCGUUUGAAGGCGCUAGAGAGAAAACUCGCAAAGAACACACUAUUACAAGAGCGGGUGUGCGAACAAAUCUCUGAAUAUCUGCGAAAAGGGUACGCUCACAAAGCAACCGAGUUGGAGUUGAGAAACGUAGAACGGAAACGAAUGUGGUUUUUGCCAUUAGGAGUUGUCGUUCAUCCCAGGAAACCGAAUAAGAUACGACUGGUGUGGGAUGCAGCAGCUAUGGUGGAAGGCGUAUCCUUCAACUCAAAACUACUAAAAGGACCCGACCUACUGACGCCUCUCCCUUCAGUUCUUUGCCGUUUUCGCCAGUUCCCCGUGGCAAUAUGUGGUGACAUCAAAGAGAUGUUUCACCAGAUCUCUAUCCGUGAACAAGAUCGCCCGGCACAGUGUUUCCUUUGGCGAGACAAUCCGACAAACCCUGUGCAGGUCUACAUCAUGGACGUCGCCACCUUCGGUGCAACCUGCUCACCCGCAUCUGCUCAAUAUGUUAAAAACUUGAAUGCAGAGGAAUUUACCGAAUUAUAUCCACGUGCAGUUACCGCGAUCGUCAAAAACCAUUAUGUCGACGACUAUUUGGAUAGUUUUAUGACCGCUGAAGAAGCUGCAACUGUAGCACAGGAAGUGACAUUGGUCCAUUCGCGGGGAGGAUUCGAAAUAUGCCGUUUCCGCUCCAACUCCAUUGAAUUUCUCCGCAAAAUAGGUGAACCUACUGCCGACGAACCGAAGAACCUGAUGUUGGAAAGCAGUGUCACUAGGGAGUCCGUACUUGGGAUGUCAUGGGAUCCCACAAACGAUUGCUUCUCUUAUUCUUUCAAUUUGCGGGACGAUAUACUCUCAAUAAUCGAUGAAGCACACAUUCCUACAAAAAGGGAAGUUUUGAAAGUCGUAAUGAGCCUUUUCGACCCACUAGGACUCGUUUCCCACUUUCUCGUCCAUGGAAAAGCAAUUAUUCAGGGAACUUGGGCUGCUGGAACUGGAUGGGAUGAGCCUAUCAAUGCAGACCUCAAUAAAAAAUGGCGCCAGUGGGUAACACUCUUCCCGAAGCUCAACGAACUGAACAUUCCCCGGUGCUACUUCGCGCCAUUUCCACCCAACAUCGAAGAUCUACAAGUUCACACCUUUGUUGAUGCUAGCGAUAUAGCUUACUCUUGUGCUGUAUAUUUUCGGCUAGUGCAUGAGGGUCAUGUUCAAACAGUACUGAUCGGAGCCAAAAGUAAGGUCGCCCCUUUAAAAACAUUGUCCACUCCACGGCUAGAGUUAAAGGCUGCAGUUCUGGGAGCAAGAUUCGUCGCGGCAAUUCUUGAAUACCAUUCGCUUCCGGUAUCCAAACGAUUCUUCUGGAGCGACUCCACCACUGUGCUGGCAUGGAUCCGGUCCGAUCAUCGAAGGUUUCAUAAGUUUGUAUCAGUACGGAUAGGCGAAAUUCUAACCUUGAGCGAGCCACAGGAAUGGAAAUGGGUACAAUCCAAACUAAACGUUUCCGACGAUGCAACGAAGUGGAAGAACGGACCUAAUCUAGACUCGGAUAGCUGCUGGUUGAAAGGUCCUGAAUUUCUACGCCUGGACGAAAUGACAUGGCCAACACAACGGUCCACAACCACAACCCUUGAAGAACUUCGACGUGUUCAAAUUCAUUGGAACCAUGAACCGCCUAUGGAUUAUUCUAGAUUCAGCAAUUGGACAAGACUUCAACGAACGAUGGCGUACGUCAUACGCUUCAUAGAUAGAUUGCGUCGAAGAAAUGUUGUGCGGGACUUCAACCGAGAUACACUUACCCAAGAAGAGCUAUCAAAAGCGGAAAUUCUACUGUGGAAAGUGGUACAACAGGAAGCCUUCGCAGAGGAGCGGUCUGUAUUGGUAAAAACACAGGGCGAACCAGAUGCAAAACACUCUGCUGUUUCAAAAUCGAGCUCACUCUACAAGAUUUGGCCGUACAUGGAUAGUCAAGGAAUACUGCGUAUGCGAGGCCGCAUAGGAGCGGCGAAAUAUUUACCGUUCCAAGCAAGAUAUCCAGUGAUACUCCCUAAGAAACAUCCAGUAACUUCUUUGAUCGUACGAUGGUUUCACUAUCUGUAUCGCCAUGCAAAUCGAGAAACAGUUAUUAAUGAGCUAAGACAGCAUUUUGAAAUAGCAAACAUGAGAUCUCUUGUGCAACAAGUUGCGAGAGGCUGCACAUGGUGUCGUAUCUACAAGGCUGUCCCAAAACCACCGGUAAUGGCUCCUCUUCCCCAGGAGCGAUUAGAACCGUUUGUGAGACCCUUCACGUAUGUUGGUUUGGACUAUUUUGGACCGGUGUUUGUCAAGGUGGGCCGAAGUCAGGCAAAGCGUUGGAUCGCGCUUUUCACAUGCCUAUCAAUCCGAGCCGUGCAUAUGGAGGUAGUGCAUAGUUUAUCCACGGAAUCGUGCAUCAUGGCCAUCCGAAGAUUCGUAUCUCGCCGUGGUUCGCCUGCUGUGUUCUUUUCGGAUAAUGGUACUUGCUUCCAAGGUGCCAGCAAACAACUGCUGGAAGAGAUAGCUGCUCGAAACGAAGAAAUAGCGUCUACCUUUACGAGUACUACAACAAAAUGGAAGUUCAUUCCCCCUGCUACUCCGCACAUGGGUGGUGUGUGGGAGCGCUUAGUCAGAUCAGUAAAAACAGCAAUCGGUUCGGCCCUGGAUCAUCCUCGUAAACCGAACGAUGAAACGCUAGAAACUAUAAUCUACGAGGCUGAAGCUUUAGUGAACUCUAGACCGCUUACGUACAUCCCGUUGGAGUCAGCAGACCAAGAGUCACUUACUCCCAAUCAUUUCCUUUUGGGCAGCUCUACAGGAAACAAAAUCGAACCAACAGAAAUCACUGGAUACGCUUCUCUGCGUAACAGUUGGAGAAUGGCUCAGCAUAUCGUGUGGGAGUUUUGGAAAAGGUGGAUAAAGGAAUAUCUGCCAGUUAUAACACGCCGGAGCAAGUGGUUCGAGGAAACUAAGGACUUGGUGGAAGGAGACCUGGUCCUUAUCGUGAACGGACCUGGAAGAGCUCAAUGGACUAGGGGACGAGUGGAGCAAGUAUUUGUUGGUGGUGAUGGAAGGGUUCGUCAAGCUAUGGUACGAACGUCGAACGGAAUAGUGCGGCGACCUGCCACGAGGUUAGCGGUGUUAGACGUCGAGAAAGAAGGUGAACCUACGAGACUUUAGGAGGAUCCGGAACAUCACCUAGGUUCACGGGCGGGGGAAUGUGACGACAACACUCUUCGGUAAAGCGACGCCGCCUGCAAAGAAGCAGUUAUUUGUCCGUUGGCCGCACUGGACCAACUUGUCAAGCGUGACAGCACACUAGAGGAAGUGUCAAAAGGCCGAAAAUAGGGAAUGCUAGACGAUACAUGCAAGUCAUCAUAAUAUUGUUUUUCUCCUUAUGAGACGCAGCUGUGCAUUUCGAAUUAUUGGAAAUAUUAUACUAUCGUUUAACCUACGUUAUUGCUAAUUUGUGAAUUUACACCUUAACCGAGUGUUUAGAAUUGAAAACUAUUUUGUAAACACAUUUGCGGACACGCUACCGAUACGAUUCCCUCUCAGUGUAGAAUACGUACACUAAAAUCGUGAGUUGACCCAUUUACUUGUAAUGAUUAUGUCCAUUAAUAAAAUGAAAUUUUAGCUUGAAGCUUACACCAUCACAAAGUGUGUUUGCUGUCCAGUUUUAGUCACGUAGCCCGUGAUAACAAUGGUAUUGACGGUUCGGGGGAGGUAAUGAAGAUCGCAAUGAACAACGUGAAAUAUGUGCCAGGACUUUCAGCAAACCUGAUUUCCGUCGAUCAAUUGGCAAAGAAGAACUACAAAGUGUUGUUUGCUGGUAAAGGAUGUGAUAAAGUAGGUAUUGAUGGAGCGGUUAUUGCUACCGGACACCAACAUGGCGGCUUGUAUUAUCUGAACAUGAUACAGCCGCCAGCCGCCUCUGGUUAUAGAUAUGAGCCAAAAGAGCAGGUAGACCCCCAAACUCGGAUUGCAGCAAGGAUUGCAGAAAAUCACGUGCAGGAAAAAGAAUCAGUCGUGGUCGUAAGGAUGACCAGCGAUUCGCCGUCCAGAAAUGUUUCGUUCCAGGAGGAUGUCGUGUGGUACGAUGCAACCGAUGAACCGGUGGCCAACCGGUACCCAUUAGGAGGACGAAAGGAUUCAUUCGACGACAGCAAGCCGAUUUCCUCGAAUUCUCUCCCGACAAACCAGGCAGAAGCGGGCAUCGGAAACAGGUUGCUGAAUCUCGUUAAGUUUCCGGGAUUACGCAAGCUGCUCGGACAUGACGAAAGCCCACCGGAUAAAGAGUCUUCGCAUUGAGGGGGAGUAUUGAAGGGGGCAAUGCUCACAUCUUCGACAUUUUUCAUUCUGUGUGCCUUUUGCUCAACCCUAUCACGCACAGCCAUAUGCGCACCCCUACAUUGCGUUGCGCGCCCAUCGUCGUUCAGCAUUCGUUCGUCGUCCGCUAGCGUGUAAACUGUACUUUUUCAUUCUCGUUUUCUGCAAUCAUUAAAGUGUGUGAUUUAGCAAGUAAACUUCGUGUGUGAUUUCUCCGCCAAUCUCGCCAAUCUGAAAUUCCUUUUGGGUAUUCCACUGCCGCAUUCCGGAAUCUGCCAACAGAACUGUCAUUCUAUCCACGAAAAUUAAAACUGUUUUGUUAAUUUGACCAUCAAAAUAAAGGUAUUGAAAUCCAGUAAAAUCUCGUAAUACUCAGAAAAAUGAGCUCUUUCGAUUAGGCUAUAGAAAAUAGCUAUAUUUUAUUCAUUAAACAACCCGAAUAAAAAAUACAGUAGAAAAAUCGAAAGUUGUAAUGUAACAGUACUAUUUAGAACCAUAUUUUUACAAUACCACUGUAGACACCACUGUAAAAAUAAAAAUACAAAAACAAUAAGAUGUAAUGUAGACAUCAUACAGUGAAUUGUAAAUAAGAUUUUUACAAUAUACUAUACGGGUUGUUAACUAUGGUUUUGGAAUGGUUGUCUUUUGUUAUGUUGUAUUGUUUUACAUUAUAUAAACCAUAUAAUGUUAUAUUAUCUUGUCAUUUUCCUCCUGUUAAUGGCAUCUUAGGCUUACUAGCAUUAUAAGAAUGCGCUUUGCGAAUUCUCCAGAGCGUUUUGGAUAACCCUUCAUAUAGGGUAAGUGUACCAAUUAUGGCUAUAGUACCAAUUAUUCGCCAUAGUUAAUUUUCACCCUUUUACGAUGUAAAUCAACAAGAAAAAUUUUGUGAACAACAGAUCACGUUCACAAAAGAUAAUCGCACUCAUUUACACUCCACAUUUUCCUAAAAUCAUGGUAGAAAUAAAUCAUUUUCUUAAAAUUUCGGCUUCCUUGCACCCUUUUUCGCCAUAGUGCACCAAUUAUGGCUAACCCCCUAAGGAAUGCCUGCAAAUAGUGCGAAAAGGAACCGAAGUUAAAAAAUGUAACCAUAACUGGUACAGGGUUCCUAUCAUUGGCACACGCUGUAAUCAAUACUAAAAGUUGUUUUGGCUCCGUUUCUAUAUUUUUCCUGUAAAGUAUGGAAACUAAGCUGUCUUUUAACUUAUUGAUGACAUUCGUUGGUCUUCUCGUUAUUUUUGUAUAAAUAGCUUUCCUUAGGUAGUGCCAUAAUUGGUACACGCACCCUAUAUAAUCGCCCACGUCUAAGUCUGAGUCUAGUCUCUACUUAAUUGCAUUAACAGUUGAAGCUUAGGCUCCCAUGCACCACCAGCCAGAUAACCGGGUUUUGCAAACUAAGAAUUAUUUAUGGCAACACUUUGAGCGACAUGAUGAAACUAUGCCGAGUGCGCUAAGCAUUAUUAGACUACUAAUCUGCCCCUAUUCGCAUAACAGUCCCAUGUUUGCUGGGUUUCCUAUUCACAUGGGACUGUUGUGCGAAUGGGGGCAGUAAUGUAGUUGCAUGAAGUGGGUGACGAGGUACAUAAGUACCAUUACAGCAUGCUUAAUCGUUAUUGCAAUAUUGAGGCUCCAGUUUGAAUAAAGUUUGAAAUACACGGGGAAAUACAUAACAACUCAUGAGAAAACUGUCAAGUUUGAUUCAAGCAUAAGUUAGGUUAAAAAGCGAACCCACAGACGAACCUAUAUUAGAAGAUGGCUCUACGUCAAAGAUAAAGUUCGUCAAUCGUAUUCCUCUCAUCGCACUCUACAUACCUAGCCCGCUAUAUUUCUUGAAUCUGCAGUUCUUAGGACAUCUGGUUUACUACUUAUUUAACCUUAGUAAGGUCUUGGGGUCGUUUUUGACCUUUUCCGAAUUUCAAUUCGCUAUAGCUUUUGUUUCGAAAGGCCUAGAAAUCUGAAAUUUUCAGACAAUUAUUUUUUUGUGGAAAACUAUCAUUUCCAUUCAUCCAAAACAUUGGACGACCCCUAGGGGAGCUCCCAUAAAAAAAGUUACAAAUAAGACCCUGGGGUCAUUUUUGACCACAAACUUUGAACGGCUCUCAAAAAUCAGUGGCUGGGCCGAUUUUGAUUUUCUUUGGCCCAAAUGAAAGCCACACAUGUCUAGUUUUCAAAACCCCCGGAGAGUUCCGGAUUUGGUCACUGUGGCCACCGGGAACCUGCUUCAACUGAAAAAUGCCGCUUUAGAGACCCUAACUUUGGCAAGCUAUAACUUUGCAACCAAACAAGUAAUCAGGACCGUUCAAGAAUCGUUGGAAAGGUAUUCACGUGGACUUUGAUUAAAGACAUUAAUAUUGACUAAUUCUUAAGAACCGGUUCCGGAAAUCCGGAACAUCCGGAAAGUAAUGUUUUUCACGAUACUGUGCUAGAAAGCACAUUCAUAUUAUUUACAGGAUAGAAGUUUUUGCAUCAAACUUCUUUAGGCCAUAAUACAAUCUGUCGAGAACUAUUUCUGUAUGUUUCUGGUUAUGUCCCGUCCUUCUGGAACCGGUUCCAGGGAUCCCACAAGAUGGCCAACGAGUUGACUGUAACGAAAUUGAACGGUUUUCCGCGCUAAACACAUCUGCGUUGGUUAACUCAUGAUGAAAUCUCAAUAAUUUUACAUGCUCCAUAUUGUGUGAUAUGUAAAAAUAUUGUUGGACAUUGUGGUCUUAUGUGGCCACCGGAGUGACCACCGGAGAAACCCGUAUUGAGGGACUUUCAUGUUUUUGCAACAAAGAUAGGCAUUCGACGGCUCUAACUUCAUGAUUUUUCAUGGCCAUGUGGCUUCUGGCAUUAAAUAGAAGAAUUGACCAUUCUGGUCUGUUUUGGCCACCGGGGUGACCACCGGAGAAAUCCGUAUUGAGGGAGUUUCAGGUUUUUGCAACAAAGAUAGGCAUUCGACGGUUCUAACUUCAUGAUUUUUCAUGGCCAUGUGGAUUCUGGCUUUGAAAAGAAGAAUUAACCAAUCUGGUCUGUUUUGGCCACCGGAGUGACCACCGGAGAAACCCGUAUUGAGGGAGUUCCAUGUUUUUGAAACAAAGGUAGGCAUUCGGCGGCUCUAACUUCAUGUUUUUUCAUGGCCAUGUGGCUUCUGGCAUUAAAUAGAAGAAUUGACCAUUCUGGUCUGUUUUGGCUACCGGAGUGACCACCUGAGAAAUCCAUAUUGAGGGAGUUUCAUGUUUUUGCAACAAAGAUAGGCAUUCGACGGCUUUAACUUCAUGAUUUUUCAUGGUCAUGUGGCUUCUGGUAUUGAAAAGAAGAAUUGAUCACAAUGGUCUGCUUUGGCCACCGGAGUGACCACCGGAGAAACUCGUAUUGAGGGAGUUUCAUGUUUUUGCAACAAAGAUAGGCAUUCGAAGGCUCUAACUUCAUGAUUUUUCAUGGACAUGUUGCUUCUGGUAUCAAAAAGAACAAUUGAAUAUUCUGGUUCGCUUCGGCCACCGGAGUGACCACUGGUGAAAUCCGUAUUGAGGGAGUUUCAUGUUUUUGCAACAAAUAUAGGCAUUCGACGGCUCUAACUUCAUGAUUUUUUCAUGGCCAUGUGGCUUCUGGCAUUGAAAAGAAUUGACCAUUCUAGUCCGUUUUGGCCACCGGAGUGACCACCGGAAAAAAUCGCAUUGAGGGACUUCCAUGUUUUUGCAACAAAGAUGGGCAUUCGACGGCUAUAACUUCAUGAUUGUGUACUAUUUUGACUAUUCUGGUCUGCUUUGGCCAUCGGAGUGACCACCUGGAGAAACACAUACUAGGGAACUCCUAUGUUUAUUUUUAAACGCUCAUAUUAUCUAGAUUUAUCACCAGAAGCAGUCUUUCGACGGCUCAAUUUUCAUGCUUCGACACGCGACAUAUUAUCUUUAUGCUCAGUUGUUAUUCUUAUUGUUCAACAAGGUUAUUCUGUAGUAGAGGCAAUUCAUGUUAAAAUAUACUACGAUUCUUGUAGUCUGAUACUGCACUGUCAAUGGUAAUUUGGUUAGUUCGAGAAUUGAGGAUAGUUUUACUUCGGUUCACAAACAAACCUUUCAUCGUAUAUUUUGGUUAACACCACUUAACGUUUUGGUCGUCUAUGUUCACUGUUCUUGAUAAUCACAUCGUUUCUUUUCAUUAUCCUUUUAGAUAUGUCCACAUUAUUUGUUAGUACUUGAUAUGCUUUCUCCUUUCUUGCUGGCUCUAUUUUCUUAUACUUACGUGAAGUCAGCUUUUUUAGAAUGAAAAGUUGUCUUAGUUGGUAGGAGAAGGGCUUUCUUGAGGAAGACAAACAAUGUUUCACUUGAAUUAGGGAAUUAUCAAGUUCUGCAAUCGAGGAAUUCAGUCACAAAUAUUUUCCAUUUAGUGAGUUUUAUGAACACUUCGCAAUUCUUUAAUUUUUUAAAUAAAAUUAAUUCGUCUAGUCGUUUCAACUGGCAUACUCUUAAAGUUCCACGGAGGAUUCCUUUCGAGUCCGGCUGACAUCAAGGUAUACAAUGAAUAAAAUGUGCAUGCUGCCCAGGGGCAGAAUUUCAAACCAAGUAUCUCAUCAAUGAAGAAUACAGUCUCUCCAAGAUUGCAGAAUUCUGAGCUAUGAGAUUUUUAAAAUUUGCGUGUUUACUGGUGCCACCUAGAGGCAGAAUUCUGUCACAAGUGUCCCAUUUUGUGCAAGUCUAUGUCAUAAUGAUCAAUUUUGCCCAAGACACCAUCUUCCUAAGUUAUUAGGAUUCUGAGCUAUACAGUUUCUAAAAUUUGCAAGUUCACUAGCGCCACCUAAUGACAGAAUUGCGAAACAAGGUUUCCGUUUUAUGUAAGUCUAUGUCAUACUGGUCAAUUUUACUGAAGACACCAACUUUCUUAGUUAUCGGGGGGAGCGACACUAGUUUUGCUGAGCCGAAAAACUUCAAAAAAAGUCGAAAAAAAAGGUAAACGCCGCCAAGUGGCAGAAUUUUGAAACAAGUGUUUAUUUUUAUGUAAGUUUAUGUCAUAAUGAUCAACUUUGCCGAAGACACCAUCUUUCUAAGUUAUCAGGAUUCUGAGCUAUGAGUUUUCUAAAAUUUGCAUGUUCACUAGCGCCGCCUAGUGGCAGAAUUGCGAAACAAGUGUUCAUUGUUAUGAAAGUUUAUGUCAUUCUGAUUAACUUUUCCAAAGACACCAACUUUCUAAGUUAUCGGGGGGAGCGACACAAGUUUGGCCAAGCCAAAAAACUACAAAAAAGUCGGAAAAAGACGAAAAAACCGGUAAACGCCACCUAGUGGCAGAAUUUUGAAACAUGUGUUUUCUGUUAUGUAAGUUUAUGUCAUACUGCUCAACUUUGCCGAAGACAUCAACUUUCUAAGUUAUCAGGAUUUUGAGCUAUUAGUUUUCUAAAAUUUGCAUGUUCACUAGCGCCGUCUAGUGGCAGAAUUGCGAAACAAGUGUUAAUUUUUAUGUAAGUUUAUGUCAUACUGAUCAACUUUGCCCUAGACACCAACUUCGUAAGUUAUCAGGAUUCUGAGCUAUGAAAUUUCUAAAAUUUGCAUAUUCACUAGCGCCGCCCAGUGGAGGAAUUUCGAACUUCGCAACUCAUCGUCAGUAAGUUAUUGGCGUACCCAACAACUUUUCCGAAGACACUAUCCUUCCAAAUUAUCAGGGUCUUGAGCUGUCGCAUAUCGUAACGUUUGCUUGACUACCUGAUAUGGUUUCUGUAGUGCAAUUUAGCAUCAAACUGUUGAUGGUCCCUCUAGCGGCCAAGUUGCCAAUUAAUACUAUGAAUCAAAGUUCUAAAUGGUAGAUCUUAUCAAGCCCUAAAACUUUGCCGAAGAAAGUAUUGCGCUAACUCUUAACACACCCGAGAUAAUAGGCCAUACCCCCGAAAGGCCGAAAACCCAUGAGCUCUUAGUCUCCUAUUAAGCGGAUUCCUAUUGCGCCCCCCGACCAGUGAUCUUAUAAGAGUCUCGACUGUAUUUACAAAGUUAUAAAAUAGGUUGAAAGAGUCUGGCCAGGGCCAGGGAUAAAACCCAGUGCCCAGGAGUAAUCAGGAACAUUAAACAUCAAACCACAAAGUCCGUCAAAUGAAUCAGAGCCUUAAUUCAAUAAAGCUUUCAACAACAGUAUAGUAAAAUUUCCACAACUGUCGUAUACACAAUAUUUGCGCCGAUAAAUAAAUAACGUAUGAUGAACAUCCA